AUGGAUCAAAGAACUGACUUGCCGAACUCCACUGAACAAGAUGACGUGAUUAUUAGUACUACAGCUACUCCGCUAAAUUCAAACUCUAUGAGGAAUGAUGAUGAAGAAAAUACAACUGUGAAAAAUAGUAAAGUGACACAUUAUGGCAGUUAUAGACAAGGGAACUACAUGAAUACAACACCUCCACCUGUUGGUGGUGGGAGAAGUUACAGAGUUUGGGCUCGUUCAGAUGCAAUCAGUCAAACAACAUACGCUUUAGACGUUGGUGCCAGAAUCCUGACAUUCUAUGAAGAAUACUUUGGUUAUCAAUUUAUGCUUCCUAAACAAGACACAAUAGCUGUUCCAGAUUAUCUUGGUUCAAUGGAAAAUUGGGGACUGAUUAUCCAGAGAGAAGAGGCCAUGGCGUAUGUUCCUCUAGAAACAGCAGAGGAUUUUAAAGAGUUUGUUACUAUGGUUAUAUCGCAUGAGUUGUCACACGUGUGGUUUGGGAACUUAGUGACACCCAUAUGGUGGGACGAGUUAUGGUUAAAUGAAGGAUUCGCCAACUAUAUCGCAAAUGUUGGAAUAAAUUUCAUAGAAACAAGCUGGAUGGCGCUCGAUAAAUUUGUGGUCAACAGUGUCCAGAGGGCUUUAGAAGUGGAUGGUCUAAUUUCCUCACAUCCUGUAUAUAUUCCACUUUCUAAUCCAGAUGAAAUAUCUCAAAUAUUUGACACCAUCUCCUACGAAAAGGGUGGAUCUAUUUUAAGAAUGUUGCAAUUCUUUUUGGGAGACGAAAUAUUCCAAAAAGGUCUGCAGCAAAGUAUAAAGGAUGGUAAGCCACUUGAUGUUAAAAGAAUAAUGGACACAUGGACGUUGCAAAUGAACUAUCCAACAGUUUUCAUGGAAAGAAAAGGACAAGGCAUACGACUGAGUCAAUCAAGGUAUCUUCUGGAUAAAACUGCUACUGAUCCUGGAACAUAUACCUCACCGUACGGGUAUAAAUGGGAAAUACCUUUCACAUACACAACCCAAAAAAGUAAAGAUUUUAACCAGAACGAGGCUGAUAUAAUCUGGAUGGGAAAAGAUGAGGCAGACGUUGUACUUGAAUGA